UACUAACACCCAGCAAAACAUAAAGUCGGCCUCUGACCAAGAACAGACCACAAAAGCGCCGUUUUCCUCCGCGUAAAAAGUGCCAAGCCGGUUCCAGACAUGGAGAGGUCAGUCAGGUUCGCCGUGGUGUGUGUCGCAGUGUCUCUGCUCAUCUCCUGCCAUCCAGUGGAAGCCUGGUACAAGCAGUCGACCGGGCCCAGUUACUACUCGGUGGGUCGUGCCUCCGGUUUGCUGUCCGGUAUCAGGAGGUCACCGUACGUCCGGAGGUCCGAAUCCGAAGAGACGCUGAUGGACAGCGGGGAGACCGCAGGUAACAACGUGAUCCCAGAGUCCAACAGGCAGAUCUCCAUCCUUAAAAGUAUGGCCAUCUGCGUCAAGGAUAUCUCUCCAAACCUGAAGAGCUGUGAGCUGCUGCGGGACGGGACAGGCACCUUCCAGUGCAAGGCGGACGUCUUCCUCACCCUGGACUCCCUGGACUGCCUGUCCGCAUGAGUCCCGGUUGGGACCGGCGGAGACAGUCCUAGUCCUCCACCGAUCCCCGGGAGCGCUUCUGUGGAAAAUGAAGGAAAGGAAUGAGGGAUAGAUAAGUGUGUGGGGGACGUGAAACCCUGAUCACUGUCGAUGGACCGCUGCAGACUCUGAAUGUUCUUAUUUAAAACAAAAAAACAAAAACAUUGUUCAGUUUUGCUUUCGUUGUAGACAGGGAUGUAGAAGAAAAUAUCUGUAUGAGAGAUGUUAGUUGAAACCACCUUCUUUCCAGAUAACUUCCCAUCUUUACUGUUUAACCCUGACAUGUACCCACCGUUGUUUAUGUAUUAAAUGUCCAGAAAGUUGACUGCAGAACAGAUUUCCUGGAAAGUACUUUUAUUUAUUUUAUUUAUUAAAAUGAACAAACACUGGUAA